CUUUUUUUUUUUUUUUGAGGGUUGGGUGGGUAAAGGGUGGAAGAGGUAUCUUAUCUCUUAGUUUUACAGUUGGAGGGGAUAGAUGGUCCUUAAAAAAAAUUGGAUGUCAUAAUUUCAGAUUUACUUUUGAGUGAUUUUUAUGUCCUGCUUUCACAUUGAAGGGCAGAUAUUAACAAAUUGUUUGUGUAUUUCUCUUUUCUCCUCCUUCCUCCCAAAAUAGCAAUAUCUUGUCCUCUAAUUCACAGACAAGUUUUGUGUGUUUGUGGUGUUUGGGAUUUAAAAAAAAAAAAAAUCUGUGGGAUACUUAAUCCCCUGAAACAUUGCCUUGCACUCCACCUUUCAACCCUUCUGAGAUAUUUCUCAGGAGUUUGGAGCAUUGUUAACCCUGUAAGAAAUCUUAAGCUUGAUCCUUUUUUUUUUUUUUUUUUUUUUUUUUUUUAAAAAGCAAAUAUUUUCCCCUAAUCUUUGAAAGGGGGUGAAAAGUGUUAAGUCCUUUGGUCUCAGUAUUUUUGAGUUAAGCUUCUCUGCUUUUGCUGAUGAGUGGACUGGUUGUCUUGCAGGCUUAUCCUACCUGCUGCUGAUUGUUGCUAGUGGCAUUAAUUAUUUUUGGUGUAUGUGGGCUGGUAAGAUGUUAAUGAAGUUCUUACAUCCCAGCUAAAUACGUUUUCCUUAAUUAACCUAAAAGGUUUGGUGUGACUCACUUUCCUAUUUUCUGCAAACACCUCGUCUGCUUUUGGAAUCCUUGACAGUGGUCAGUCCCAGCCUUGGAAUUGAGCGAACACCCUUAUAUAAGUCAACCCUCCUAAAUUAACCUGGAUGUGCACAUACUUGGGUUAUUAAGGGACUGCUCAUCACUUAUUCACAAUAUCUGAAGUGAGGUUUAGAUGGGCUUAUGCAUGAUGAUCUGUGCAUUUGUCAGCUUUUUACCCCCUCCUUAAAAUUCAGCUGAUGCAAACUCCUAAACCUGUGGCCACUGGGAUUUGAGGUGCAGGGCAAAGAAUGUGUGCGAAUAAUUGUUCUGAGAAUUAUAUCACAGGAAUCCUAUGCUUACCCAUAACCUACCAGGAAACAUCCCAAAUUUGCUUACACCAUGUGCCUGCCUUGUUUUUGUUACAGGACAUUAGGGAAUGGAGGUGUUAAACAUGUUUCUACUCUUGAAAAUUGUUCUCCUAGAAGGUGUUAAAUAAUGCAAAUGUCACUGUGACUGCCUCUGCCCACUGAACUGGUUUUAUGCCAUAUCAUUUUAUGGCAUGUAAAAAGAGAGUAUUGACUGGUUGACUAUAAUACAUUAUUUUUGUGCUAACCAAGAACUAUGGGAAAUAGGUCUAUGAAAAUUAGAAUAUUUGCACAUGAUUUCAUGCUUCCCUCAUGAUCCUACUCCCUAUAUAUUUUAAUUUUGAGUUGCCAAUGUUGAUGCUUAAUAAUGCAAAUGUUAUUAUUUAGACUCUUGGAGAUAUAAUACAUAGGGUUUGAACUGUUUGUCCUUUGUUUUUAAGGAUACAGUCGAAUUAUAUUUUUGUCCUUUUAUGUAAAGUUUUUACACAUUUGAAGAGGUGACAGAUUCCACAGGUCCUUUGUCACACAUUUCAUAGCCAUCUUUUCAAGAGAUACUGUAUGAAAUCAUAACUUUAUUCACCUAGGAUCAUCUUGGGUGCCAUAAUUAAACGCUACCAAAAAAGGAAGAUCCUUAAUGAGAGUACUGAUUCUAGUCAUUGACCACACACUGGAUAUCUACAAAUGAGUUCCUGAUCCAGUCUACAGCAACUUAAAGCCUAAGUUGUGCAUAAAAGAGGCCCUAAUAUUCAUAUGUAGAUAAAAUUCAGAUUGUGGUUAUUAAGAAAACUGAGCUGUAAAACAUUCAGAUCACAGAAGCUUCCAGAAUUCAGUAUAGAUUGUAACAUGUAUAUGACUAAUCUGAGAUCAUUUUACUCCUCAUUUCUAAAACCAUUUACAGUGAAUCAUCAUUACUUAUGUGAAUGUGUCUCUAAAAGUGGUUAUUGACAAACUACAUGAAAGAGGAGCUGUCUCACUGUGAACCCCAAGUACAUAUAUAAAGGGGAAAGAAAAAACCCAAGUUUAAUAUAUAAGUAACCUCUUGUAGGGACACAGUUUCCCUCUGCUUCCUCCCUCUUCCCCCCUCCCUCCCAGUUUAAUUUGAAAGCUUUCAUAAUAGAAAAUUUUGAGGGAAGUAAAAGGCAGUAUUGGUCGUGAAAUUGGUAUUGAUAUUAAAUUUGUCCACUGAGGGAGAGGGCAAUUUGAGAGAAAAGUAAGUGAAGAAUGGUUCUUCUUAGUGAGGUCAACAGAAGCUUGAAAUGCAGUGUCCAGUAUGGAACUAUUAUUUGGGUACGUAAUAAAAUAUUACCUCUGGCAUUUAGUAAGAAAGGAGGAAUCCCAUUAAUUGGAAAACCACCAAAAAACAUCCAUUAGUGCUUUAACAGUUACAAAUUUAUAUAGGAUCUUAAUCAAAGUUUCCAGGGGGAAGAGCAUGCAAAGAAAAAUCUAUGCAAAUAACAUUCAUCCAGAUAGAGAUUGUGAGGAAAAUUGCUGUCAAAUUUUCCCAGCAACUUGGUCACCAGUUGAAACAAUAAAGAAUAUGUUGUCAUACACACAAAUACCAGGAAACUGUGCUGCAGGGCAGUGGGAAAGAAAAGCUCCCUCAUUUUUGGGGAGGGAAUAACUUUUUAAAAAUACUUAAGUGGCUGAGUUUACUUGGUGCAGUUAAGGAUUAAAUCUGUCAAUUUUAACAUGACAUUGCUGUUACAUCUGAAAUAAACUUAAGUGAUGUUUUGUUCUGGUAGUGCCCUGUGAUGUCUGAUAAACUAAAUUGAAACUCUUCCACUACAUUAUGAAGUUCAUAGGUAUGCCCAUUAAGUGUUUUGUAACCAAUUUCUUGACUUUCUUGUUCCUUUAAAAUUUCAACUAGAGACACUCCUCUUCAUUUUAUUGUGAAUUCCUAACUCAGAUUUAUUACAAUAUAUGUGUAUGUACAUAUAAAAUUUAAAGUUGGGUAGGGAGUGUACAUAUAACAUGGAAUCAUUAUCUAGAACAUCUUGUUGAGAUAAACAUUUAUUAAAAGAUCACCGUAUUGCAAGUUACUAUAAAAUUUUUUCAUCAAGCAUGUUUUUCAUAGCUCCUUCCCCUUUGGAAUUCAAACCACCAAACUUAGGUCAGAGUAAAUGUAUUCUGAGUUAGUCAUGUUUUGCUAUGUGUAGCUUUUCCCUUUCCAAGUAUGCCAUUUUAAAAGAAUAUAUACCUAAUGUGCAGUUUCAGUGAAAAAAAUUUGAUUUAAGCUCUAGUAUGUUGUUUGUGGAGUUUUAUGCUACUCUAAAGUUUUUUGGCUUUUAGGUGGCCCCUUAACUAGAAGUUUUCACUCUGCAUUGGGACUUAGUUUCUUGUUGAAUUAAAAUUAGUCGUGAUGAGUAUGAUUGCAAAUGUUCAGGUUGGGAGAGUACAGGGACUUGAUGCACUUAAUGAUCAGGGUUGCUAUUUUGUUUAUGUAGAAAUACAGAUCUAAAGAUGAAAGGGAAAAAAAACUCUAGAUAACAUCAGUUUUAUUCCAAACUUGAUAAAGUCAGGUCUUCUAACUUAAUGAAUAAAUGUGAAGGUAAUAUUUUUCUUGCUUUAAAAAGACUACUUUUCAAAUACUUGAUUUUUAAAAAAAGUUUCUUCCUCCUACCUAUUGUUGGUAAAAUCUUACAUUCUCAUAACCUAGUGUAGUAUUCAAAGUCAGUCUAAUUGGAAUUCUACCUCAUUUUUUAUACAAUAAAAAAUGGAACUCGAUACAAUUUUUUAAAUGCCUUCUGUGUCCUAGGCUCGGUAUUAAGUGCUGGGAACACAAAAGACAAUUCUUGGUCUGGAGGAGGAUUCUAAAUAUUAGAAAAUAUUUAGGAGUAAAAUGAUAAAAAAAAUUAAUUUAGAAUGUAGACCAUUUUAAAUAGCCUGCUAUUUCUUAUGGACAAAUUAUCCAGGUGAUUUUAGGUGCUUAUUUUUUCAAAAAUUUCACGAAAUAAGCAAGAAAUUCUAAUUUGAGAAUUGCAAAGGCAGUAAAAAUUCAGAGUAAGGAUGGAUUAUUGAUUGGUUGGUAUUAGCAUCCCUCAAUUAACUUGAGUAUCAUAAUGCACUAUAUAAAUAUGAGCCAUUGCUUAGAAUUUUUGCACUUUUAUGUGAGCUCUUUGAGUUAAGAUAGUGGUUAAUACUAUAAGAUGCUUGUGAGGGGAAGGAGGCAGCUAGGUGCUGCAAUAGCUACAGCACCAGUCUUAAAGUCAAGGAGGACCCCAAUUGAAAUCUGGUCUCACACUUAACACUUCCUAGCUGUGUGAUCCUGGUUAAGUCAUUUAGCCCCAAUUACCUCAGUAAAAAAGAGAAAAAAAAAGCUGGCACAGGACUGUUGUAGAAAGGUUUUUUGGUGUGUAUUUUCAGAGAGAAAACUUGGCUCCUAACAAUAUAGGCCCUUUGAUUAACAAUUAGGUAGAAAAUUGAUUUUUAUCAGCACAGAAUUUGGAUUAGGUAUUAAUUUCACAUUGUUGACUACACUUUAUAGAUAGCUGGAAUAAUAUCCUACAUUUAACUUUCCUUUUUAGUUUUAUAAGGCAAAAUCUGAACUUAAUAUCACCACAAGAAAGGAACGUAAGAUAGCCUUUAUCUUCUCAAACCCAAACGAAAAUUUCCAAGUUCAGUUAUUAAAAUGGCCAUUUCUUAAGGAAUCUAUAUUGCAUUUGGCUUUCAAAAAGGUAAACAGGCAAAAAGAUUCUGGAUUUUGAGCUGUGGAGGAGAGGUAUUUGAGGUAAUAGGGAAAGAGACCUGAGGAUCAAUUUUAUAUCGUCCCUGAGGUGACUUGCUUAAGAUCACAUAGCCAGGAAGUCCCGUGCUUUUUCUCUGCAAGUUUAGGUUUGACGAAUUAAAUCAUCUUUAUCAUGCCAUGAAAUAUAAGUGAGCCAUGUGGAAAGGAAUGGAUAUUGUAGAACAGGAGGAAGAUAUUUAAAAUAUUGAAAAAUGGAGCAUAAUUGGUUAAAAGUCCCAUCAACUUGCUAUUAAUACUUGAAUCUCUUUAGCAAAGAUGAGAAAAAGAUUGCUUUGCUUGAUGUGUUUUAUUUUAUACUGUCUCGGUGUUUUAAAAUGACCUGCUCUGAAGUCCAAAGAAUUGGUCAGAAUAACCAUAUUAAAGACCAAAAUCUCCUGGGAAAAUCUAGUACACAAAAGUUAUUUUCAAAGUAUUUUUUUCCUGGAAAUGUGGACCUAUACAAAUUUAAAUUUACUUGAAAUUCUGGGGUGACUGAUGUGAUUUUACAUCACUGUGAAAUGAUUUGUUAUAGAAUUAGAUAAGAACCAGAAGUUGUUGGCACUGGAAAAACCUGAAGAAUCAGGUAGUGGACUAUCAGUUUUUGAUGGAAAUUUAAUUGUUAGUCUUGGGAUACUAAUACACAAGAUAGGAAUGUUCACUGGUUUGUUUCAUUUUGAGUUAUGACCAAGCUUCAUCUUAAAUUUAGUAAUAGAUUAAUUCAAUGAUAAGUUUAGUAAUACUUUAGGGGAAAUAAUUAGAAUGUUUUAAAUAUGUGGAAGGUGGUUCUUUAUUCCUCACACCUUUGGAAUAUAAGGAAACUAGAGAUGUUAAUAGAAAUCAAAGCAGAGUUAAAGACUGCCUAUAAUUUCUAGUUCUUAGUUUUUUACUCUCUAGGUUUGCUAGUAGUGGCAACUGAUUUCUCUGAGACUAUAAAUACAUAUUAAAUCCCAAGAGUAUAAAACUUAAGCAAAAACACUUUCAAAUCCCCAGUUAAUUGCUUGCUUAUUUUAAACAUUGGAACAAACUUAUUUUUAUAGGCCUUCCUUUAAAACUUGUAGAAUUUAAUCCAUAAUGAACUAAAUUCAACUUGAUAGCAAUUUGCUGUAAAUGUUUAAAGUAAAUGAUUUGAAUAUGCAAAAACAUUGCUAUUUUUCAGUCAGUGCAACUCUUUGUGACCUCAUAAGUGUUUUCUUGACAGUGAUAGUGAAGUGGUUUGCCAUUUCUCUUUCCUGUAGAUGAAGCAGACCUUAACUUUUGUUCACUUUGUUCAGGGUCAAGAAACUGUAGCAUGAAAUCUUGAAUCCAGGUCUUGCUGACUUUAGGCCAUGUGCUUUAUCUACUGAGCCACCUACUUGGCAUAGUUUUCAAUGCUGUGCAGUGAAGCAAUUGAUUUCUUCCUAAGAAUUGGAAGAAAUGGAAGACUUCCAUGACUUCCUGAUACUAAGAGGCCAAAUUUCUUAAGCAUCCUCUUAACUGUUUAGUACAUAUCUACACUAUGCUAAUAAUUUCCGUAACAAUGUAAGAAAAGAGAUUUAGGCCAUUGGCUAAGAAAAGUGGAUCAGAAGUUACCUCAAUAAAACACUGGAUGUUUCCAAGUUGAUAGGCCUUUUUGUUAUUGCCUGUUGCCAUUCUCUUAAAAAUUCUGUUGAAUUGUAUUGCUCAAUAUUCAAAUCCUAGAUAUCUUUUGGGCAGUUUGGAAUAGAAUUCAGAACUGUUGGGUUGCCUAAUUUGAUUAAAUUGCCCUUAAUAGAAAAGAUUAGACUUGAUAUAUCUGCAUUAUUAGUCAUCCUGUUAGAAUAAUGGCUUGUUGAAGGGACUGGGGCUGAGAUUUAAACACUAGGACUAAUAUUUAUGUUAACUGAUUAUUUGGAAUUUUAAGGAAAGGAAUUUAGGAGGAAAGGAAUGCUUACCUAUUUAGAAUAAAAGGGAAUCAAAGACCCAAUAGAUGUAAAAGGAACAAAAUUUGACUUCAUUUCAAAGAUGAUUGUGCCCCGAGAAAUUAUGAUUUGGCCUGAGAUGUCACAGUUAACAUUAUCUGACAAUUGGGACUAGGGCCUGGGAUCUCCAAAGGGACUCUUACACCAGAAUAUAAUUUCUGUACUUCUCAAUGCAGGAUAUGAUUUCAACAAAAUGUCAUUUUCUUUGGAUAAAGCCAGAAAGACCAUUUCUUGAGAUUGUUUUCAUAACCUUGCUAACAAAAUUUGAAGAGAUAAUGUUAGUAUGAAAUUCAGACUAGUGCAAAGAUUGGUCAGUCAUUUCCUGGGCAUAAAGAAGCAACUGUCCUUAACAAAGGUUUGUGCUUAAGGAAGUAAGGAGAAAAUAAGAUCAAUAUAUUGUUUCAAUUAGAAAUAGAGAUUGUCUGGUAAACUCAAUAUAAUCACCUAGAGGUAAUGACCCUGACCAUUAAAAAUCCCUCCCCUUCUACAUACCAGUUAUGUGCAGUAAGGUUUUAUCAUUGCUGUUUUUUUUUUUUUCUUAAAAUUGUCAGGCUAUGUAGUGUAACAACUUGAAACUAAAAGGCAGCUGCCUUUGAAUUCUGGAAGAUCCAGGCUCAAGUUCUUCCAUGCUAACACAUCCUAGCUAUCACUGGGCAAGUCAUUUGUUGUUAUCCUGUAUUGGGAGAGGAAGUCUUAUCUGGGAUUUCCCUAAUCCAAUAAAAUCUAGCUGUCCUCAUUUAUAUAUUAAGAAUAUUGAGGCUGAAAACUGACUUUCCCAACCAGGGAAGAGCUGAGGCCAGAUUCAAACUCUUGCUUCCCUUUCUCAAAUACAGCAUUCUAGUAAACCACAAUACUUUUAUCUUCUACUAAAUACUUGGUAUAGUAAUACCUUUAAGAGCUUUAAAAAAAAAAAAAAGAUUGUAUUAGUUGAGAUUAUUUUCUGAUACUGCAUUCAAAUUCUGGCUGUGGAUCCCACCUGUGAAGUAAGUAACUUCACUAGCUUGGUUCCUCAUUUGUUUAAAAGAAAAAUGGCAUUUGGAUUUAAAUCUGUAACGUGGAACAAUUUCUAAGGAAUGGUAGCCUGCCUGUAUGGGAGGUGGUAUUGGUAGGAAGAGACCAAACCUAUUAGACUAGGAAGAGUGAAAUAAAGCUGUUCACCAAAAGUGCAACAGGCCUUGAAUACUGGGUAGAAAAGAUUUCCUAUGAGCAAGGGGAAACCAUGGAUUAGUAAUAUUUUAGCAUUAUGAAGGAUUAGAGAUUGAGAUACUUGAUAAGAGAUACUAGUUAGAAUGUAAAUAUAGUAAAAUAAGGUAAAAAAAAUGAAGGGGAACAGGAAUGGAGAUUUUGUGUGUGUGUAUAUAUAUACACAUGUGUUUAUGAUAUACACACAAACAUGAUUUCAGUCAAUAUUGUAUGAAAGAUGCUAUGUUCCUUUGUCUCGACAGGCAAUCAAGACAUGAAAAAAUGAAAUACUCAGGGGCAGCUAGGUGGCACAAUGGAUAAAGCGCCAGCCCUGAAGUCAAGAGGACUUGAGUUCAAAUUUGACUCAAGAUACCUAACACUUCCUAGCUGUGUGAACCUGGGCAAGUCACUUAACCCCAAUUGCCUCAGGGGAAAAAAAAUCAAAUAUUCCUUAAGAUCCCAUAUCCAAAUGCCUAUAGCGUAUGUUUAAUUUCCAAUCAACUUUUAUAUGAGAUGAAUUUGAUAGCGACUGGCUACUGUACCCCCUCAGGGUUCCAGUGUAACCCUAGUUGGCUAGGAGAAGGUCUAUAAUACCCAUAGAUGUAGAUGAGAUAUACAGAAUGCAAAAAAUUAGAAUCCUGACAUUUAAGAUUCAGCACUGGAUGAUUACAGAUGGGGAAUUUGUAAAUUUAGGCUAAAGGAUUAGUUAAUUGCCUCAGAUUGAAGGUUCAAAUCUACUAUUCAAACAUUUAAAGCUGCUACUCAUUGGACAGUAGAGCUAAAACUAUAAAGAAACAAACCCUACACCUUGAGUUUAUAACAAUUUUCCUCUAUGCACAAGCUACAUCCAUCCAUCUGCCCUUAUAUAGUGAGUAUAAUACACUAAACUAUAUACAAGGAAUAGGGACUGGACCUGUGAUUUCAUUGGUUUACAUUAUUUCAAGAUGAACAAAUUCCCUCUCCAAAUUAGGCCGACAUCAUUGAAAUGAGUCAAAAAAGGUCUAGCACCUGAGAGGUUAAUGUGCAGAAAUUUCCUCAACGUUCGAACCUCUGCACUUUUUCUGCAGUUUUAAAACUUUAGUGGGGCCUAUGGCAGAUAAAGAUUAAAUGAUUUGGCAAGGGUCACCACGUAAGCAGAGGCAGAACUUAAACUCGGGUCUUUCAUGAUCUCUAGUCCCUGCACAACUACUCGAAGACACGCCUCUCUCCCCAAUUCAAUCCAAUCGGCAUUUAUUAAUUGGAUUCUCUGCUCACGACGAUUGUACACUCACUGGAGUGGCAGACCCAGAAUGGUUGAUGCUCACGCACCCACAUCUAUGUAUAUAUUUUCCCGUUUAAGAAAAAAAAGUUGUGCAUGCCUGUUGUAUGCGUUGCCUUGAUCCAAAUGCUUGCUGGGGCAAAUCUACCUGGUUCAGGAAAUGGAUGAGUUAUCUUCCACAUGUGACCCGUCCGAACUCGGCGGGGUCUCAUGGCUCAAAGCCAGUUUUCGCAGUGAUUUAGACACAGGACUGACAGAGGCCACAGCUGGAUGCUAUCAUAAGUAGCAUUAGGAGCCGGAAGAUUUUCCCAGAAGUCUUUUCCUUUCGGGAUAGGGAUGAAAGAUAGCAGCCUCUGCCUCCAACCCUAACCAACUUUACGAAAACACUAUUUCCACCAUCUCGUUCCAAAUGUACUGCUUACCAUCUGCACCCUAGUCUGGUCCAUUUUCAUUAAUGAAUGCUUUACUUUUUAGUGCAUAUACUGUGCUUAAAAAAAAAAAAAAAAAAAAAGAAUCUGGGAAGUUUCUUACACUACAUUCUUUGAGAGUCCCCUUUAAAGGAUUUGGUCCCACCUCUUCCCCGUUUGCCCGCUGGCUCUGCUUUCUGCCAAUCACCUUGUCUUUAGAAUAUUUCCUGUGUACUGCAACUCAACUUGAACGGCUCCGCCUCUUCGGUUCACUCAUUGGGCCAACCAGGGUUCGUUGACUCCUCAGUCUUCCCUCCACCUACUCCUCAAGGUAUUCUAGUCUUCUAUUGGUCAGAACAGUUGAUUCACUGCCGGCGGAUUGGUCGGAUGAAUGGUGGGGGCGGGAACCCAAACCAUCAAGUUAGAUUCCGCACAUGCCGAGUGGUUGCCGCGGGAGGGGGGAAAGGGGAGGGGGGAGGGAAAAGGGGAGGGGGGGCUGGGAGAGUUGAGGCUGCGCUGCCGCCGGGGUCUCCGGCCUUGGGGCCUCUUAGCGGCCGCUAGAAGAAGCGGCUGGGGGCGGGGGGAGAGGGGCCGGGGCCCGCGCUCCCCCAGCCCCGGAGGAGGCCGAGGCAAAGGAAAGGACAAACGGACGGACCCAUCCCGGCGACCGGACACCCCCCCCCCCCUACACACACCCCCUCACCCCGUCGUCCGCCGGGGAUCAUGGCCGGGGCUGGGGCAGCUGCCGCUGCGGCCAGGAGCUCCCUGCCGGCCGUAAGAAGAAAUUAUAAUAUAUAGAUAAUCUCCUGAUAGAAGAUGAUACAUAUGGAUCAGAAACAGAAGUAAGAAGUUGGAAACCAGGAAUCCAAAGUGAAGAAAUUCUGUGAGCCUUUGGAUGAGAAAGGUCCUCCUCUCUGUAACCAUGCCAGAGAUGACAGAAAAUGAAACUCCUACAAAGAAGCAGCACCGAAAGAAAAACCGGGAGACACACAAUGCAGUGGAGAGACAUCGAAAGAAGAAAAUUAAUGCGGGAAUCAACCGAAUCGGAGAACUUGUACCAUGUUCACCUGCACUGAAGCAGAGCAAGAACAUGAUCCUGGAUCAAGCCUUUAAGUACAUAACAGAAUUAAAAAGGCAAAAUGAUGAACUCUUACUUAAUGGAGGAAACCAUGAACAAGCUGAAGAAAUUAAAAAACUACGGAAACAGCUUGAAGAAACCCAAAGGGAAAAUGGUCGAUACAUUGAAUUACUGAAAGCAAAUGACAUUUGCCUGUAUGAUGAUCCUACAAUCCAUUGGAAAGGAAAUCUCAAAAAUGCCAAAGUUUCUGUUGUUAUUCCUAGUGACCAGAUUCAGAAGAACAUCAUUGUGUAUUCAAAUGGAAGUCAACCUGGUGGAAACAACCAAGCGACAGCUGUUCAGGGAAUUACAUUUAAUGUUGGUCAUAAUUUACAAAAACAGACAGCUAAUGUUGUGCCAGUUCAAAGGUCUUGCAAUCUGGUGACUCCUGUGUCCCUUUCUGGAGUUUAUCCCCCUGAAAAUAAGCCAUGGCAUCAGACUCCAGUUUCUUCCUUGACUGCUAAUCAGUCUGUUCCCCUUUGUCUUCCUGCUACCAUUCCUGCUCAGAACAUUCUUGACAUUUCCACCUCAGAAAAUGAGUCAAGUGUGCUUAGUUCUAACAGCUCGCAGAUUACUGUUCCAUCUGGAUCUGAACCCAACCAACAAAGUUCAUCAAGUAUGCCACUAAGUGGGCAGAAUGCUUCUGAAAGCAAAAAUGGACAAGAGAGCCCCAAGUUACCCAAGAGACCCGUGUCCUGUGCUACCAGCAUUCCCCCCAGCACUUCCAUACUUUCCUUUCAAGUGCAACCUGGAAACAAAUCCUGUCUAAGCUUACAGGAUUUUAGAAGUGAUUGUCAGGACAACUUUGUGGUACCAGUUGCUGAUACAGCUUGCUCCCAACCUCUGAGACCUUCAGUCCCUAGGAAUUCCUCUCCAGUGAACAUUAGUAAGAACACAGAUUUAACAAGCAGUGCUGGUGUAGAGCCACCUUCUGUGGCUCUAGCAGUCAAGGCUACAACUGCUAUAAGCACAGUCUCUGCAAGCCAUUUAGACAGUGGUUGGUCUCUUUCUUGCUCUUUGCCUUCUUCAAGUGUUAAUGCUUCUGAUUUGAAAAACAUAAGCAGCCUUACUCGCAUCCCCUCAUCUGGAAACACACAGACAACAUGGACUACAUUGCAACUAGCGGGAAACACUGUUCAGCCAUUAAGCCAGACACCAUCCACUGUUGUCACCCCAAUAUUAAAUGAGCCGGGCAAUAGUACUUCAGCUACCAACCACAAUAGACACAUGGCUACAUGUGUCUUGAAUGGCUUGAAUGGCUCAUAUCCUUCAGAUGGGCAGCAGGUUGAGCAAGUAGUUGUGACUUUGCCUUCUUGUCCAUCUUUACCUAUGCAGCCACUAAUUGCUCAACCACCAAUUAAAACUCAACCUCCCACAAAUAUCCUUCCAUAUAAUUCAACAAUGCAAGUAAUUCAGAUGGCUCAGCCAGUUGGGUCAGCUGUUAAUGCAGGUUCAGCUAAUCAGAAUGUUAUCAUUCUUCAGCCACCCAGUACCACACCGUGCCCAGGAGUUAUGAGAGCCGAAGUUCCCAAUCAAACAGUUGGUCAACAGAUAGUGAUUAUACAGGCAGCUAAUCAGAAUUCUUUGCCACUUCUCUCUGCUCCACCUCCUGGUUCUGUUCGUGUCUCUGUUAAUGGAGCCAAUCCUGUAGUAGUGUCUAAUAAUUCAGUGCAAAAUGUUUCGGCUCCACAGACAUUUGGAGGAAAACACCUCGUCCAUAUAUUACCGAGGCCUUCAUCAUCAUCAUCUAAUUCUACACAAACUUUUUCUGUUACAAUGUCAAAUCAACAGCAGCCUCAGACUAUUUCUUUAAAUGGACAAUUAUUUGCUUUGCAGCCUGUAAUGUCCUCAUCAGGAGCUACGAAUCAAACCCCUAUGCAAAUCAUUCAACCCACCACCAGCGAAGAUCCAAAUACCAAUGUUGCCCUGAAUACAUUUGGUGCUUUGGCCAGCCUCAAUCAAAGCAUUUCACAGAUGGCUGGGCAAAGCUGUGUACAACUGGCUAUCGGCCAGCCUGCCAAUCCUCCACCUGCUGCUACUAGUCGGGUCACCUCAGUUAACUGUGUUUCAUUAUCAACUACUGCAGCAUCUCCUCUAACUACUGAUAACACAACAGUUCUAUCCAACACUGCUAAUCAUAUGAACACUUCUCCAGUGAAAGCUUUAGCUAGUUUGCCUUCUAAUGUGAAAUCAAAAAGAGUGAUCAAAAAGCCAGGCCCCAAAAAACAUCUAGCUAACAAAUCAGCAUGCCCAGUGAAUCCCACUAGGGAUUCAGGGAAAUUAGAUUGUGCCAACACAGAAGGAUCAACUCCGCAAUCAUGUGCUGAUGGGCUGCUAGAAAGCCUACCUGUGGCAUUAACUCCUGCUACUGAAUCUCAAGCAAACAGUGUCAAUGCCUCUGAUUCUCACUCCUUUGAGGGUGUCAAUUCUGAACCUGUAGUGUCAGAGUCUCAUUCAUUAGAGGUGUCACAUUCGCCCUCCCAAGAACCCAUUACAAGUGAACAUUUUGUUUUGACCUCACCAGAUCCUCGAGAUUCUGUGUCCACUUUGCAAUCGGGAAGAUCUCAAAGUAAGCCAGCAACUAGUCCUGAGGUAUCAGACUCUUCCAAGUCCUGUAUUUCAUCUAGUCUCUUGAUUCCCUCUCCAAGUGAUCCACAUAUUUUGGUUUCUCAGAUUCCUGGAUCCUCAUCCACCCAAAGCACCACAAGUACCAGUGGUGCUUCAGGAAUGGAAAUUAUUUCUGAGCCAUGUAGACAGGAUUCGUCAGCUGCAGUGCAAGCCACAAGCUUAUUAAAGGGACAUGGUUUGACUGCAUUGCUCUCUGACCUUACAAAGGAAAAAGAGGGUCAGAAAACCCCUCUUUCAGCUCAAGUGGACCAUCCGAACUUUCCUUCAGAGAACUCUAAAAUUGUUGGAUCAAGUAUUGAAUUGCCUCAGAAACAGGAGCUAUUACUAAUGAAUGGUGAAGGUGGGAAUUUAUCACAGCAUCAUUCCUGUAUUCCUGAUCAAGAGGCCAUUAAUAGCUCUUUGCUUGCCAGCAGGCAGACAGAUUCCCCCAUGUCAACCAGCUCUGGGAGUAGUCGUGGUUUCUCGGUUGCAUCCAUGCUUCCUGAUACCACAAGAGAAGAUGUUACCAACAGUACAUCAGCUAGUACAUGUGACAGUUGUACCUUUGCAGAACAAACUGAUAUAGUAGCACUUGCCGCAAGAGCUAUUUUUGAUCAAGAGAACCUUGAGAAGGGAAGAGUUGGUGUCCAGACUGAUAUACAGGAAACUACUUCCAAGCCAUCUGAAGCUUCAUCUUUAGAGGGAGAGCAGCCUUUCAAAACCCAGGCAGCAAAGGAAAAUACUACAGGACAGGUAGAAGCAACAGCAAAUGAAUUUAGUUCCCAGGAUUCCGUUCAAGCAAAUGUGGAUAGAUCUCUUGAAAAAUCAAGUUGUUCAGUGUCAACUGAAACAUCACAUGCUUCUAUACAGGUUUCAACUUCUCAGUCACCAAGCAUUUCUAGUUUAAGUGUUAAUAAUCUUAUUCAUCAGAGUAGCAUCAACCAUCCUUUAGUUAGCUGCUCAGAGCAACCAGCUAUUCCUGCAACAGUGAAUCUCUCAGUUUCAUCUAGUUCCUAUGCCACUCAACCUCCUGAACCAUCUCUAAUGACUGAAUAUUCUCAAGACCAGUUAAAUACCAUGACUAACAUACCAAAUUCACAAAUUCAAGAAUCACACUUAAAAUCAAGUCAUGAAAGUCGUAAGGAUCCUGCCAAGCGUCCUGUUCAAGAUGAUCUUUUACUUUCUACAGCUAAAAGGCAAAAACAUUGUCAGCCAGCAUCCCUCAGACUUGAAGGUAUGUCUCUAAUGAGCCGGACACCUGACAACAUUGCUGAUCAAACUCAAAUGAUGGUUGGUCAAAUCCCUCCUAACUCUUCAAAUUCAGUGGUACCUGUUAGCAACCCAGGGCAUGUGGAUGACCUUUCUCGAUUAUUCCCACCCAACAACAACUUUGUCACAUCUGCUUUGAGACAACCUGAAGUUCAGUGCAAUUCACAGCCUUCAAUGACUGAGCAGCAACAAAGCCAGGCAGGAAGUCAACAUUUGCAGCCCUUGCAGCAGCAACAUGUACCUCCUGCUCAAGGCAUAUCUCACCUUCAUAAUAAUCAUCCAUACUUAAAGCAGCAACAGCAAGCAGGGCAGUUAAGAGAAAGACAUCACUUAUACCAGCUGCAGCAUCAUGUACCUCAUGCAGACAGCUCCAUUCAUUCCCAGUCUCAUAGUGUGCAUCAACAGAGGACUAUACAGCAGGAAGUUCAAAUGCAAAAGAAGAGGAAUCUUGUCCAGGGAACUCAAGCCCCUCAACUUUCCCUACAGCAGAAGCAUCAUGGAAGUGACCAGUCACGACCCAAGGGUGGGCAACCUCACCCCCACCAUCAGCAGAUGCAGCAACAGAUGCAGCAGCAUUUUGGAAAUUCCCAAUCAGAAAAAAGCUGCGAGAACCCUUCAACAAGCCGAACUCAUCAUAACCACCCACAAAACCAUCUAAAUCAAGACAUUAUGCAUCAGCAACAAGAUGUUGGAAGUAGGCAGCAAAGUUCAGGAGUUUCUUCUGAGCAUGUAACUGCACACAAUCCAAUGCAAAGACUUAUGCCACCUAGAGGGUUAGAGCAACAAAUGGUAUCCCAGCCAAGUAUUGUAACGAGGUCUUCAGAUAUGACCUGUACGCCACAUAGGCCAGAAAGAAAUAGAGUUUCAAGUUAUUCUGCAGAGGCACUCAUUGGGAAAACUUCAUCUAAUUCAGAGCAGAGAAUGGGCAUAUCAAUUCAGGGUCCUAGGGUUUCAGAUCAGCUUGAAAUGAGGAGUUACCUUGAUGUUCCAAGAAAUAAGGGUUUAGCCAUUCAUAAUAUGCAGAGUCGUGUAGAUCAUACAGUUGCCUCAGAAGUUCGUCUUUCUGAUUGUCAGACAUUUAAACCGAGUGGAGCUAGCCAACAGCCCCAGAGCAAUUUUGAAGUCCAGUCCUCAAGAAAUAAUGAAAUAGGUAACCCUGUGUCAUCACUGAGAGGCAUGCAAUCCCAGGCCUUUCGAAUUAGUCAAAAUAAUGGGCCACCUAUUGACCGACAAAAGAGAUUACCUUAUCCACCAGUUCAGAGCCUUCCAGCUGGAAACACCAUUCCUCCAAGAGACAAUGAAAAUGCUUGUCACCAGAGCUUUAUGCAGAGUUUGCUUGCUCCUCACCUUGGUGAUCAAGUCAUUGGGAGCCAACGAUCAAUCUCAGAACAUCAGAGGAAUACACAGUGUGGCCCAUCUUCUACAAUUGAAUAUAAUUGUCCCCCGGCCCACGAAAGCAUCCAUAUUCGAAGAGAAAGUGAAACUCAGAAUAGAGAAAGCUGUGAUAUGUCUUUGGGUGCUAUUAAUACCAGAAACAGUUCUUUGACUAUUCCUUUUUCAAGCUCUUCUUCCUCAGGGGAUAUUCAGGGUCGAAACACAAGCCCCAAUGUUUCUGUACAAAAGUCUAAUCCCAUGAGAAUGACUGAAAGUCAUGGAACCAAAAGCCACAUGAAUCCCCCAGUUACUACUAAUAUUCAUGGGGUAGCACGGCCAAGUCUGCCUCAUCCAUCUGUGUCUCAUGGGAGUGCUGAUCAAGGACCUCCUUCAAUUCGCCAACCUAAUUCUUCAGUUACCCAGAGAUCAAGGCAUCCCCUACAGGACAGCAGUAGUGGUUCCAAAAUCCGUCAAGCUGAAAGGAAUCGUUCUGGAAACCAAAGACAUAAUAAUGUCUUUGAUCCUAGUCUUCCCCACCUCCCUCUGUCUACCAGUGGCAGUAUGAUUAUUGGACGUCAGCAAUCCUCUACAGAGAAGAGAGGAAGUAUUGUUCGUUUUAUGCCUGAUAGUCCCCAAGUGUCUAAUGAGAGUGCGGCCCCAGAUCAACACACUUUGUCCCAAAAUUUUGGAUUCCCAUUUAUUCCAGAGGGUGGUAUGAAUCCACCAAUAAAUGCCAAUACUUCUUUCAUUCCACAGGUUACUCAGCCCAGUGCCACUAGGACUCCAGCACUCAUCCCGGUAGAUCCCCAGAAUACAUUGCCUUCUUUCUAUCCACCUUAUUCACCGGCUCACCCUACGCUGUCCAAUGAUAUUUCAAUCCCUUAUUUUCCCAAUCAGAUGUUCUCAAAUCCUAGCACAGAAAAAGUAAACAGUGGAGGUUUAAAUAACCGAUUUGGAACAAUAUUAUCUCCUCCCCGGCCUGUUGGAUUUGCUCAACCAAGUUUUCCUCUUCUCCCUGAUAUGCCACCGAUGCACAUGACCAACUCUCACUUGUCCAAUUUUAACAUGACAUCUUUGUUUCCAGAGAUAGCCACUGCUCUUCCUGAUGGCUCAGCAAUGUCUCCUUUGCUUACAAUAGCAAAUUCCUCAGCGUCUGACUCUUCCAAGCAGACCUCAAACAGACCUGCCCACAACAUAAGCCAUAUUCUAGGUCAUGAUUGCAGUUCAGCAGUCUAAACACUGAUAAAAACUAAAUGUGAUGGGUGAGAUUAUAUAUUUGUUUAUAUGUAUCUAUGUGUGUAUAUAUUCAUGUGUGCAUGUGUGUGUAGUUCAUUUUCUGUUAUCCACAAUAGGGAAGCAACAGAGAUAAUCCAAAAAAGAAAAGUGACUUAUUGAAAGAAAUUACACUUAAUCUUGAAAUGCACUAUGACUUUUCCCCCCAGUGGAUUUCUCAAGUUUCAAUUAGAGUGCUUUUUAUUUCUUGGGUAUAAAUCAACUGAUAUUAGACAUAGGUUAGCCCUGUAUUGGGUAGUGGGUAAAAGGGAGCCCAUUGUCAAAAACUAUUUUUAUAGAUAAUCCAUAGAUAGUAAAAACAUUAUGGCUAGUGAUCAAAUUCUGGCUGAUGUCCAUAAUGAAAGAACCAUGAACAAAUAUGUGAAUUGUACUUAAUUAAUUUCUUCCUCACUCAAUAAUUGGUUUGUUUAAGAAAAAUGUUAUUGCCUUGAUUUAUAAAAGCUCCAGGAAAUUAAAAAUAAUUUGAUUUCAUAAGUCUUGCAUUUCAAAACAGGGAGCCAAAUUCAAUAGACACUUAAAAAUGUUUACUCCUGCAGUCAAAAGCCUUUAUUUAGAUGUUAUUAGCCUCAGCAAUAGAAUAGAAUUAGAGCUAGAAGGAACCUUAUAGUUUGUAUCUAAACCAACCCUCUCAUUUACACCAGAGGAGACUAAGGGCCACUAAUUUUCCCAGAUAGAUUUUUAAAAAAUCCAUGUUUGAAUUUGCUAAUUAUUCUUCCUUCUUUUUGUAAAGUAGUGCUAUUCCAUAAAGGCAUAAAUACUCAGUAAAUGCUUGAUUAAUUAGGCUCAUCAUUCUGUUUGAACUAAUUUCCUUUGUAUUUGUUGAUCAUUAGUUCUUGUUAAUGAUAAUAUAUUGAAUUUCAUAUGAUUGGUUGAAUUUUUCAUUUCUCAUUUGAGAAAUAUUUUCACAUUACAUAAAAAUAGAGAGCCAGCUCUGAAAGUAGGAGGAUCUGGAUUCCAGGUUUCGCCUCUGACAUAUACUAUAUGACCAUUGACAAGUCAUUUAACCUCUCAGUAUUCUAGGCAACUCUCUUAAGACUAUAAGUUGUUGAAGUUACUGAUCCUCACUGGAAGAGGGAGUUACCUCAUCUCUUUGUACCUUAUAUGAUUAAAAUCACAGGUCCAAUCUGUCCUUAUUGAUUCAUAGCCUACCCCUUUCCCUUUUUGGUUUCUCUAAAAAAUGAUGCACUUCACAGUAGAACUACACAGAAUUCUCUUUUGGGAAUUUACUAUUUUUUUCCUGCUGUGGAUGUUAAGGAGUUUAAUCCUUAUUUGGAAAGACCAUUAUCUUUGUAUUUGGAAAGAAAAUACAUACAAAGGUACAUACACACAGAGGCUUAUAUGCAGAACCUGGAUAAUUAAUAGGUUUGCCUCUGUAAAAAUCUAUUGGUUGGAACCUGCUAAAGGAAUGAGAAAAAGCUUUUAAAAAGUUUAUUGGAUUAAAAAAAUGCCUAUUUCAGAAACAUAAUUUAGUAUGGCUAAUUAACAAAGAAAUUACCAUGUUCCCUCAUAAUUUCCCUGGCCUUUUUAGCAGGUAUUUUAAUGCUACAACAAAGUGAAUUGGUGAUGGGGAGUGGCUUGUGAUAAAUUAUUCCCACUGCUAUGGUAAUGGGGUAAACCUAAAGGACCACAGCUUCUACAGAAUAUUUUUCUCCCCUUAAUAGAUUAUCUGAAGUUUUGGUCAGGGCAGUUUAUCCCUGUUAAUACCUCUUCUAAAGACUCUUUCAUCAGUAGGGUCAUUUGUGCCUCUUUAGCUGCUCUGGCCAAACUCAAUUGCUUUUGCCACAAGGGAAAGCAGCCUCCUGGACAUGAGGGAGGUUGUAGUUGUUGUGAAAGUUAAAUGAGAUAAGGUUGUGAAACUUUCUGUAAACUUACCUAAACGCAAGCUAUUAUUUUCCAUCUCCUCAAUCCUAUAUUUUCUCCAUAAUACAGGGAUGGAUUGGGGUAUGUGUGAACUUAAGGGCAAUGGAUAGAUGAUGAAUAUAGUAAACUAACAGGAAGGAGGACAAGAUAUGUUUUUGAACUUAUUUUCAGAUAUAAAUCCUUAAAAUCAAACUUAACAGCUUCCAUUUGCCAAUUCAAAAAGUGAGCAGGUUUUGAAAUAUAGACUACAUGUGAAUAUAUAUGCACUUCUCUACAAUCAUUUAGGACUAUUCAAAGCCUGAAAGAUAAGCAGAAUAGUUAUAAAUUUAAGAGCAACUAAUUAAGCUGCUUUUUUUCCUAAAAAGUCCUCAAAAUCCAUAAAUGUUCCCAAGUACCUUCUAACAAGCUUAUUGCUUUAUUCAGCUCAGGUCUGGCCAGAGGCACUUAUUUAUUUGCAUUACAUUUAGCUUUAGGUACGUAGCUAUUUUGAUUUUUGAGUGACCCUAAAUCUAUUUGGUCAAGGCCGGUCCUUUCCCCAAUUAUCUCAAAAAUGAUGUGACCACAAAUGGAGGGGAGGGGUUUUCCCUGUUAUGAGCUGUUUUACUUAUGUUUAUGUCCUUACAUUUAUCUCGAUUCUAUGGGGAACAUUCUGAUUGAGGGCUUAAAUCUAAAAGUAAAUUGUGUAUUUAACAUAUAUUAAUAUACGUGUUCUUAUUUGGAUUUAAAACAUCAGUGCCUAUGGUGAUGUAUUGAAGCAGUAUUAAAUAUGUGAUAUACAAAUUUUGGCAAUUGAUUCUGUAAUAAUGAGUGAUUUGGUAUUAGCUAAUUGUUGAAAUUUUGGGGGCAAGGAAACAUGUAUGGGUUAUUUUUCUGGAAAAAAAUUAUAAGUUAACAAUUGGUUUAUUAAUUCAUAGUUGGAGAUUGAACCCAAUUCUGAAGAUGAUUUUAUAAUCUCUUUAUUAUUCAAGGUUAACUAACUCCAAGUCAGUAGUUGCCCAGGGAGAUGAUUAUCCAUUAACUCAUGGAUUUUUUUGUCUUUGUUUCAGUAUUGGUUUAGAAAUUGCUGAUAGAAAAAUUAACAUUGAAACAUUUGAUUUUUCUUAAGUAUAAUUGCCUUUUAAUGGAAUGAAAAGUUGAGAUUUUGGUUUGUGUGUAAUUUUUAUGUAAUUGUCAAAGAUGAAAGUACUCAUGUUUGAUACCAUCCUUGGCUUUGUCACACAACAAGUUAAUGAAGGUGCAGGGAAGAUGGUCUUUUAUGAUGAUUAUGCUUUUCUUUUUUGUUGGAAUAUUUGGAAGUAUGAGACCUGUCCCUAAUUUUCAAAAUAAUGAGUGAAAAGUCAGUGAUGAAUUUGUUUUGUAAAAUGUAAUAUAACUGAACUGUGAAAAAAAAGAGAAUUGGAAGCUGGGUUUGGGGAAAGGCAAAACAUUCCUUUGCCAACAAAUCUCAGUCAUGUAACAAUGCUUAUGCUGAACUGGAACCAAAAUUAACUCUUUAAGUCAUCUUACUUGAAAUAUACAAAACAAUUAUGCAUUUUAAGGGAAUUACUAUUUGUCUUCAAUAUUUUAACUAUUUACAUAUGCCUUCUUAGUUGUUAUAAAGGGGGUAAGACUAAAACCCAGCUUUAAUAAUGUGAUAAUGUAAUGAAAUUUGAGUGCAGUUUAAAACAUUGGCAAAAACAGGAACUCCAAAAAUGUUUCCAUCUUUCCCCUUUCUGUCCUGAUACAUGGGUAUGCAUAUGUUUCCUCCCUUACCAUUCCAUGUCAUGUGAAUGGCAAUCAGUUAGCCUGGGCAUUCUCUUAGCAGAAUGAAGCUUUCUUUUGCCAUGAAAAGGCCAUUGGCCUGAUAGUUUAUAGAAGUGGUGUGCUAUAUUCCUAGAUUAGUGAUUUCCAGUAUCUGGUUUUGUUGAACCAACUUGACUCAGUUAUUUCAAAGGGUUGUAAAGAAAUUCUCAAAACCAAAUUAAAAUGGAUUUCAUUUUUUAAAAAGUGUCACCUUGCAUUAAAUUUGUUUUAGAGGUAGUAGAAUUGAGUAGGGAGAGCAAAGGGUAGAAAAAGUGGGGAAGGGAGGCCACAAAUUCAAUAGCAGCUUUUGAAUGCAAUUCCAAAAAGUUAGGAAUCUUUUUUCGAGUUUAUUGAUUUACAAGCACAGGUAAAUCUCAUAUUUGCCUCCAGUUGAAAUGUAUUAGGGCUCUGUGGCUCUGGGGGGCAACAGUGACAUCCAAUGGCCAUUUGAGACUACUGGAUUUAAUAUUUCUGAUGAAUUUCAUGACAUCCAUUGAAUGUUGCUUUCCCUUUCCUGUCCAAAGUUAAAACAACCAUUUUCCUUUUUUGGAUGCCUUCCUUUCUGUCUUCUAAACGUAUGUGGAUCCUGAAAGAAUACUGGAGCUUAUUUGCAGGGUGAUUCCAAGAUCAAUCUGAGGCAAUCCAGUUAAAUUUAUAGAAAGUGAAGAUCUUUCCAAUGUCUAAUUCUGUACCGGUAUCCUCUUGCGAUAGUACUGCACUUUAACUGAAACUGUGCCUCUAUAUAUUGGAACAUAUCACCCACCCAGUCAUUCAAAAAAAAAAAAAAGCAAAGGAACAGCCAAAGUUAUAUCUACCAUAUCAUUGAGUGCUUCCCCCCCCCACCAAAAGAAGUCCAGCUCUUGUUUUUCACUGUUGCCUUAUCUUACUGAGCCAUCUUUGAUACUGAUCUUGUCAGAAACAGUUAAUAAUUGCAAAACUUUAAACUGGGAACUUGUUUGUGAUGGCAUUUCAAAUUAGUGGCUUUAGGUUUAAAGAACCCCAUCAAUAUUGAUCUUUCUCUUUCUGUGGCCCAUGGAUCCUGUGUGAAGAAGGUGGGAGUAGUCAGAUACAUCUUAUCCAACUAAUCAAACUUUAAAAAAAAAAUAAAUUGUAUAAUAUGGAAAUGUCAUUUUUGGAUUACUGCAUAAUGUAUAAUGUAUCAUUGUAGAUGAUGUGAUCUUACAAAUGGAGAAUUUGGAGGGCUAUCUCCAUUUAUAGUUUUAACACAUACUCCAAAACAGGUGGCCUUUAUUUUCUAGAUCCUUUUGUUCUAUAUAAUGGGACACUUUUGACUGUGUCCUAGAAACUUGAAGUUUUCACUACUUUGCUUUUAAAGAUCCCAUUGUUUCCUCAAGUCUUAUAAGUCAUUCUUCUUAUGUAGGGUCAUUAAGGCACUGGACUAUACUAUGGUGAAUUCUCUUUAGGGGAAGUUGAAUUAUUUCUUUUCCAAGUAGGAUGGGACCAUACAGUGUUGUUUAAGAUGCUGCUGCUCUUUUAGUGUGAAGGAGAAUGGCUUGACUUCCACUUUUCACACAUAAAAUAUUUCAUUUUGAUAACAGGGUGGAGGACAGUGAGGUAGAAAUAAUAAUUAUCUUCACAGAUUUUUACAUAUACUGCCUGAGAAGAUUACUUACAUGGCAGUCACGAAGAGAAAUUAAAUGCGUUUCUUUCAAUAGUGUAAUUAUUUGUAUCUAUACAAAGCCAGCAGAAUCUGCUGUGCAACAUGUCUUAUAAUUGUAAAUUACCUGAUUUAUAAUUCUAAUGGAAAUUCUAGUUUCCUUUUUGUAAUGGAAUCCAGAACAGAAAUGUAUCAUAUCAGGAACGUCAUACAGUUGUAAAUAAGAUUGUGUCCUGUUUAUUUUGACAUCUUUUUAUAGAUACAUUGCAUUAGGGUGUGAAUAUUCUAAACCAUGCUCUUGUUUAAAGUUUUGAAAUUUUUAUUGUUAAAUGUAACACUUUAAUGGUUGUAAUAAUUAUUUGUAUAGAUAUGAAUAUAGUAUUUUAUUUAAGAAAAUAAACUUUGCAUUUUUGCAUUGUAAAGUC